CUUAAAGAGGUCCUCUUGGAUUGUUUGAGGGAUUUGGGAUCUGAAGACUUUAAAGAAUUCAAGUGGUACCUGUGGCAGCGGGGGCUCCUCGAUGGCUUCAAAGCAAUCCCAAAGUGUCAACUGGAGAAUGCAGACAGAAUGGACACUGUGGAUCAGAUGUCCAAGAGCUACUGUAUUAACACUAUUAAAGUCACCAGCGUGAUUUUGAAGAAGAUGAAUAAGAAUGAUGUAGUGAAACAUUUGUCAAACACCAUCCCAGAACCUGCAGAGAUUCUGGCUGAGUACCAGCGCAAAGUCAAGUCUAACCUGAAGGAGAAGUUCCAGUGUCUGUUUCAGGCAAUUGCUAAAGCAGGAAACCCAACACCUCCAAAUCAGAUUGACAUAGGGCUCUACAUCACAGAGGGAGGGACUGCAGAGGUCAAUGAUGAAACAGAAUCCAGGAAACCAGACAGACCAGAAACAACAAUCAGACAUGAAGACAUCUUUAAAGACUCACCUGGAAGAGAUAAACCAAUCAGAACAAUGAUGACAAAGGGAGUGGCUGGCAUUGGGAAAACAGUCUUAACACAGAAGUUCACUCUGGACUGGGCUGAAGACAAAGCCAACCAGGACAUACACUUCACAUUUCCAUUCACUUUCAGAGAACUGAAUGGGCUGAAAGAGAAAAAGUACAGCUUGGUGGAACUUGUUCAUCACUUCUUUACUGAAAGUGAAGAAGCAGGAAUUUGCAGGUUUGAAGAGUUCCAGGUUGUGUUCAUCUUUGACGGUCUGGAUGAGUGUCGACUUCCUCUGGACUUCCACAACACUGAGAUCCUGACUGAUGUUACAGAGUCCACCUCAGUGGAUGUGCUGCUGACAAACCUCAUCAGGGGGAAACUGCUUCCCUCUGCUCGCCUCUGGAUAACCACACAACCUGCAGCAGCCAAUCAGAUCCCUCCUUGCUAUGUCGACAUGGUGACAGAGGUCAGAGGGUUCACUGACCCACAGAAGGAGGAGUACUUCAGGAAGAGAUUCAGAGAUGAGGAGCAGGCCAACACCAUCAUCUCCCACAUAAAGACAUCACAAAGCCUCCACAUCAUGUGCCACAUCCCAGUCUUCUGCUGGAUCACUGCUACAGUUCUGGAGGAUGUGUUGAAAAGAAGAGAGGAAGGAGAGCUGCCCAAGACCCUGACUGAGAUGUACAUCCACUUCCUGGUGGUUCAGUCCAAACUGAAGAACGUCAAGUAUGAUGGAGGAGCUGAGACAGAUCCACACUGGAGUUCAGAGAGCAGGAAGAUGAUUGAGUCUCUGGGAAAACUGGCUUUUGAGCAGCUGCAGAAAGGCAACCUGAUCUUCUAUGAAUCAGACCUGAUUGAGUGUGACAUCAGUAACAGAGCAGCCUCAGUGUACCCACAGAUCUUUAAAGAGGAGAGAGGGCUGUACCAGGACAAGGUGUUCUGCUUUGUCCAUCUGAGUGUUCAGGAGUUUCUGGCUGCUCUUCAUGUCCAUCUGACAUUCAUCAAGUCUGGAGUCAAUCUGCUGGCAGAAAAACAAACAACAUCCCUGUCGUCUAAAGCCUUCAAGGGAAAACCUGAUUUAAAACAUCUCCACCAGAGUGCUGUGGACGAGGCCUUAAAGAGUCCAAAUGGACACCUGGACUUGUUCCUCCGCUUCCUCCUGGGUCUUUCACUGCAGACCAAUCAGACUCUCCUGCGAGGCCUGCUGACACAGACAGGAAAUAGCUCACAGACCAAUCAGGAAACAGCCGAGUACAUCAAGAAGAAGAUUGGUGAGAAUCUGUCUGCAGAGGGAAGCAUCAGUCUAUUGCACUGUCUGUCUGAACUGAGUGGUCGGUCUCUUGUGGAGGAGAUCCAACAGUACCUGACUUAUACAAGUGCCCGCAGAUGGAAACUGUCUCCUGCUCAGUGGUCAGCUCUGGUCUCCAUCUUACUGUCAUCAGAAAAAGAUCUGGAUGUGUUUGACUUGAAGGAAUACUGUAAUUCAGAUAAGACUCUUCCGAUGCUACUGCCAGUGGUCAAAGCUUCAACAAAAGCUCUGCUGAGUGGCUGCGAACUCUCAAAGGGAAGCUGUGCAGCUCUGUCCUCAGUUCUCAGCUCCCAGUCCUCUAGUCUGAGAGAUCUGGACCUGAGUAACAACGACCUGAAGGAUUCAGGAGUGAAGCAGCUUUCUGCUGGACUGGAGAGUCCACACUGCACACUGGAAACUCUCAGGCUGAGUGUCUGUAACCUUUCAGAGAGAAGCUGUGCAGCCCUGUCCUCAGUUCUCAGCUCCCAGUCCUCUAGUCUGAGAGAUCUGGACCUGAGUAACAACAACCUGCAGGAUUCAGGAGUGAAGCAGCUUUCUGCUGGACUGGAGAGUCCACACUGUAAACUGGAGACCCUCAGUCUGUCAGGAUGUCUGAUCACAGAGGAAGGCUGUGCUUCUCUGGCCUCAGCUCUGAGCUCCAACCCCUCCCAUCUGCGAGAGCUGGACCUGAGCUACAAUCAUCCAGGAGACUCAGGAGAGAAGUUGCUGGCUGCCGGACUAGAGGAUCCACACUGGAGACUGGACACUCUCAGGGUGGACCAUGGUGGAGAGCAGUGGUUAAAACCUGAUCUGGAGAAGUAUUUCUGUGAACUCACACUGGACACAAACACAGUACACAGAAGACUCAAACUGUCUGACAACAACAGGAAGGUGACAUGUGUGGAGGAGGAUCAGUCAUAUCCUGAUCAUCCAGACAGAUUUGACUUCUGGCCUCACCUGCUGUGUAAAGAUGGUCUGACUGGUCGCUGUUACUGGGAGGUUGAGUCUAGAGGAAAUGUUGACAUAGUGGUGACUUACAGGGGAAUCAACAGGACAAGCAACAAUACCAACUGCCUGUUUGGAAGAAAUGAUCAGUCCUGGAAUAUGAGCUGUUUUUAUAAUUGUUACAAUUUCUGGCACAAGAGCUCCUACUCCUCCUCCUCCUCUGUCUCUGACAGAGUAGCAGUGUAUGUGGACUGUCCUGCUGGCACUCUGUCCUUCUACAGAGUCUCCUCUGACACACUGAUCCACCUCUACACCUUCAACACCACAUUCACUGAACCUCUGUUUGCUGGGUUUAUGGUCUCUUCUGAUUCCUCAGUGUCUGUGUGUCCUCUGUCUGACGGAGAGUCUCCUCCUGUGGAGACAAACAGUCACACUGCUGACUGAAGACAGCUGCUGAAAUCACUGUUCACUCUGUUCACCAGUGAACAAUAGAAACAGGAAGUGACAGCAGCUUCCUGUGUUUAAAUGUUGAUGGUGGACGAGGUUUCACUCUGGUUUCAUUUGGAUCACUGACUGUGCUUUAAUGUCAGAAUACAGUUUCUAUUAGAAGUAGUGAAAUGAUCUCCUCUGGACUGAAUUGAUGUGUAAAAACUGUGUUGACUCUGAUAUUCACUUGAGUAAAGUUUUCUUGGAGCAGCAUCUAGCAGCUGUUAGAUGUCAUUAAGUUAAAUAAAAGUUAAGAGACCAAAAACUGAGUCAGAGGGCA